AAAAAAAAAUAGCUAUAUGUUUGAUAUUAAAAAUUUUCGAAAUAAUUAUCGAUAAUUCUAUUGAAAAUUAAUAACUUUUGCAAAUAUGAAUAUAACAUUGUUGAAAAAAAAUAAUUUGAUGAGUCAACCAUACGCGCAAUGAAUGUUGGGACAUAUUGAAAUAUAAAAUGGCAACGUGUAUAGGUUAAUUUGUUUUUACUCCAUUGUGUAAUAAAAUAAUUCUUUAGCUACUUUAAUUAAAUACUAAAUGUGAAUACAACAUUAUUAUUUACCUAUAUUUUUUAAUCCAUUUGUCAAUAAUUCAAUAAUCAGAAAGCAAAUAAAUAUACAAUAAGUAAUAAAACUAAUAAUGAAUUACAAUCACUCAAAUUCACGAAGGGGUAAACCUAAAAGGAUAUUAGAUCCAUCAACAGGAUUGUGUACACCUACAUCACCACCAAAUCCAUAUGUUUAUUCUCAGAUGCCCAUAAAUAAUGGUUUACAGUCUGAAUAUGGAUUCAGUUUACCAGAACAAACACCUCCUCCACAAUAUGGAUUUCAGCAACCAAUAUCAUCUCCAUUACCACCAAUGGGAGGAGCAAGUUCUCCAAUACCACCACCUUAUUCUUCAGAGCCUCCAAGGGAAUCAUUUGCAAGCCCUCAAUUUGCUGCUCAACUAUUAACUGAUCCAAUGGUUACUAAUAUGGCUAUGAAAUAUGGUGAUACAUUAGUAGGAUCGGGAAAACAACAUUUGGAAAAAUACGUGCCUGUUACUGCACUUAAAUAUUAUUUUGCAGUUGAUACUGACUACGUUUUCAUCAAAUUAGCACUUCUCUUUUUUCCAUUUACACAUAGAGAUUGGUCAGUAAAGUAUGAACAAGAUGUUCCUUUACAACCACGUUACGAAAAAAAUGCACCAGACAUGUACAUCCCAACAAUGGCAUUUUUAACAUAUGUUGUGAUGGCUGGCUUGUCAUUAGGUACUCAAGGACGGUUUACUCCUGAACAAUUAGGAAUUCUUGCAAGUUCUGCAUUAGCUUGGGGUGUAAUAGAAUUAGUUGUUCAUACAACAACCCUGUAUGUGAUGAAUUUAGAAACAAGUUUGAGAACAUUAGAUAUGCUAGCUUAUUGUGGCUAUAAAUAUGUUGGUAUUAAUGUGGCGUUAUUAUUUUCACUGAUGUUUGGAAAGUUUGGUUACUAUACAAUUUUAAUUUAUUAUAGUAUAUCUUUAGCAUUUUUCCUCAUAAGAUCAUUGAAAUUAAGAGUUAUUCCUGAAGGACAUUCUUCAUAUACAGCUUCAGGUAAUAAAAGGAGACUAUAUUUUAUUCUCUUUGUCGCAAUGUUGCAACCUUGUCUUAUGUGGUGGUUAUCAUACCAUCUUAUUUAAUUACAAUAAACUUUUUUUAUAAAUGCUUAAACAUAUUAAAUAUUAAUAAAAAAUAAAAAUAUUGAAA